AUGGACCAGAGGAUGUCUCGACAGGUACAGCGUGCUCUGCAGGUUCCACUCCACAGAAGGGUUCGCAGGGUGGAGGCCCGAGAGUAUAUUGACACAUUCGAGAGGACGGACAGUAGAAGCCAAGUGCUGCAUGAGUUCGCUAGGCUGGACUUCUACAUGGUGCAGACAAUCCACCAAAGAGACCUCAGGGAGUUAUCUGGGGACUUGGGCUUGGGCCAGCACAUUAGCUUCGCCAGAGAUAGCCUGGUGGAGAGCUACUUCAUGGCGGUGGGGAAGAUGCAUGAGCCACAGUUCUCACAGUACAGGAUGCAAUUCGCCAGGGUCUCCUACUUGAUGGCCACCGUUGAGGACAUCUUCGGCGAGCAUCAGUCUGUUCAGGAGCUCGAAUGCUUUGUGCAAGUUGUUGAGAGGUGGGAUCUUCAAGCGGCAGAGCAGCUGCCACAGUCACUGAGGGUCUUCUAUGCGGCUGUCUACAACACAACCAACCAGAUCAGCUACACUGUUCUUAGGAGGCAUGGCCGUGAUAUAACUUCACACAUGAGGAGAGCAUGGGUGAGUGUGUGCAGAGAUGACUUGGUUGAAGCAAGGUGGCACCAUGCCCGACAGACACCAAGGCUAGAGGAAUAUUUGAGCAACAUCCGGGCAGCCAUGACCAGCCCUAUUCUCCUCCCUGCCUACUUCUUCCUCUCCCAAAACAUUGAGGAACAAUCCAUCCAUCAGCUGCAGUCUGAGUCCAACAUCAUCAACUUGUCAUCGAUGAUAAUUCGUCUCUCGGCUGACCUCCAGAGAUCCAGGAUUCGUGGAACCUUCACAAUCAAUGCUACCCCUUAA